GCUGCGCGCCUGCUCGUUUCCUAGCGGCGUCAGCGUCGCAUCCCGUCUGCUGCUCAGAACCUCUAGAUUAGCCACAAUGGCUGAAAAUGGUGAUAAUGAAAAAAUGGCUGCACUGGAGGCCAAAAUCUGUCAUCAAAUUGAGUAUUAUUUUGGAGACUUCAAUUUGCCACGGGACAAAUUUUUAAAGGAACAGAUCAAAUUGGAUGAAGGCUGGGUACCCUUGGAAAUAAUGAUAAAAUUCAACAGGCUCAACCGCCUAACAACAGACUUCAAUGUAAUAGUAGAAGCAUUGAGCAAAUCUAAAGCAGAACUCAUGGAAAUCAGUGAAGAUAAAACUAAAAUCAGAAGAUCUCCAAACAAACCCCUCCCUGAAGUAACUGAUGAGUAUAAAAACGAUGUAAAAAACAGAUCUGUUUAUAUUAAAGGCUUCCCAACGGAUGCAACCCUUGAUGAUAUCAAAGAGUGGCUAGAAGAUAAGGGUCAAAUAUUAAAUAUCCAGAUGAGAAGAACAUUGCACAAAGCAUUUAAGGGAUCAAUAUUUGCUGUGUUUGAUAGCAUUGAGUCUGCUAAGAAGUUUGUAGAAACUCCAGGCCAGAAGUAUAAAGACACAGACUUGCUAAUACUUUUUAAGGAAGAUUAUUUUGCAAAGAAAAAUGAAGAAAGAAAGCAAAAUAAAGUGGAAGCUAAACUAAGAGCUAAACAAGAGCAAGAAGACAAACAGAAGAAAUCUCUAGAAGAAAAGAUUGGCUGCUUGCUGAAGUUUUCAGGUGACUUAGAUGAUCAGACCUGUAGAGAAGAUUUGCAUGCCCUUUUCUCAAAUCACGGUGAAAUAAAAUGGAUAGACUUUGUCAGAGGAGCAAAAGAGGGAAUAAUUCUAUUUAAAGAAAAAGCCAAGGAAGCACUGGAUAAAGCCAAAGAUGCAAGUAAUGGCAGCCUACAAUUAAGAAACAAAGAAGUGACAUGGGAAGUACUGGAAGGAGAAGUGGAAAAAGAAGCUUUGAAAAAAAUCAUAGAAGAUCAACAAGAAUCUUUUGCUGGGAUUAUGGGUAUGCAUUACCCAUGUUGGGCUUCUCAGAACACUUCAUAA